AUGAAUCUGUUACUGAAGAGCAGUAAGGAGUUCUCCUCCAGCGAGUACUGGGAGCAGUUCUUCCGGCGCACAGGGGGGUGCGGGCCUUCCAGUGGUAUGGCGGAUACUUGGAGCUGUGUGGUGUGCUGCACAAAUACAUUCAACACAAAGACAAGGUGCUAGUGGUGGGCUGUGGCAACUCAGAGUUAAGUGAAAGGCUAUAUGAUGCUGGAUGCCAGAAUCUGACCAAUAUUGAUGUGAGUGAGGUGGUCAUUCACCAAAUGAACGAGCGAAAUGCCAAACGAAGACCUCUGAUGACAUAUCAGUUGAUGGAUGCCACACAGACUACAUUUUCUGAUUCUCACUUUCAGGCUGUGUUGGAUAAGGGGACAUUGGAUGCCAUACUCCCUGAUACAGAAGAGAGAACUCUGGAAACUGCUACAAAGUUCCUGGUUGAAAUUGGUCGUGUCUUGCAAUAUGGC